UCCGGGACCUCAGCUUUGCAAGCAGGCUCCGCCGGCGACCGCUGACGGGCGCUGGGCUCGCGGCGCUGCAAGGCGGCGAGGCCCGGGCCUGGCGCCGCCUGCGCAGCCUUGGUCGCGGCGUGCCGGCGCUGCAGCGCGGCAGGGGGCGGGGCCGGCCGCCCGGAGGCCCAAGUGGCGGGGACGCCUCCCUGCCGGGUCAGGUCCUCAGAGCGGGUCUCCGGCGGCGGCGACGGGGGCCGGGCCGCGCGUGACCCGCCGCAGUCACGCCGUUCUUAAUCACUAGUAGCUGGUGCUCCAGGCUGGCGGCGCUCACCUUUCUCCUAGCCGGGUGACCCAGGGGAUUUAUUUUAUGGUGGCUUUCUCUGAAAUGCCAAAGCCACCCGAUUAUUCAGAGCUGAGUGACUCUUUAACGCUUGCCGUGGGAACAGGAAGAUUUUCGGGACCAUUGCACAGAGCAUGGAGAAUGAUGAACUUCCGUCAGCGGAUGGGAUGGAUUGGAGUGGGAUUGUAUCUGUUAGCCAGUGCAGCAGCAUUUUACUAUGUUUUUGAAAUCAGUGAGACUUACAACAGGCUGGCCUUGGAACACAUUCAACAGCACCCUGAGGAGCCCCUUGAAGGAACCACAUGGACACACUCUUUGAAAGCUCAAUUACUCUCCUUGCCUUUUUGGUUGUGGACAGUUAUUUUUCUGGUACCUUACUUACAGAUGUUUUUGUUCCUAUACUCUUGUACAAGAGCAGAUCCCAAAACAGUGGGCUACUGUAUCAUCCCUAUAUGCUUGGCAGUUAUUUGCAAUCGCCACCAGGCAUUUGUCAAGGCUUCUAAUCAGAUCAGCAGACUACAACUGAUUGACACGUAAAAUCAGUCACCGUUUUUUCCCUACGAUUACAAAACUGCCAGUCCUAUAUGGAGUCUGAUCACAAGACUGCAGUUUCUUCACAGAUCUCAGGAAGUUGUGGUGGGGCAGAGGCUUUUUAAAAACAUGUGAUUAGGGGGCUAUCUUUAUCUGAAUAAUAAUGAAUUUUUAGGUAAAACCUGAGAUAGAGUACCACAAAAUCAUGUUGAUGACUUCAGAUUUUGGAAGUUAAAUUUUGUCUGUUAUUUGCAUUCUUUAGAAACUUGACUAAGUAGCUGAAUUCAUAUUUCUAUUCUACUGUGCAACAUGGUGAUGAUUCAGAAAUUUUUCCUUUGGGGAAAAAAAAUGAAUAUGAACAUUUCCAUUGUGUUAAGUGUAAAAAGGUCCACACAUGAUCAUAAAAUUUAAAUUUUAUACAAUUACUUGGCUUGCUUUAAAAUUCUUCACACUUAAAACACUGAUUCAUUCUAUUGUAGCUAAGCCAGCUGUUUAUACUUGCUGUCAGCUUAUGAGGCAUUGCUAAAAAAUUAUGGAGGAAAUGGCUGUCUUGAUAAGCAGAAUUUGUUCUUCCUCUUGGUAGUGGCUAAAUUAUUGUUAAUGCUUUUAAUGGUUUUAUUUUUUAUAUUUUUCUUUUUUGUGGAGAAUGGGGUCUCGCUAUGUUGCCCAAGCAGGUCUCGAACUCCUGCGCUCAAGCUUUCCUCCUCUCUCUGGCUCCCUAAGUGCUAGGAUUACAGGUGUGAGCUACCAUGCCCAGCUAUUUUUAAUUAAAAAAAUUUCUUUUUCCA